AACCAACGGCGGAGGAACUCUGGCUGUGCUGGCUUGGAUGUGAGUGUGUGCAUGUAGGUGCGAGCGAAGAGUACCGAGCUGUGUUUGACGCCGGCAGAUGUCGGCUUGUAGCGGUGGCGCGGGGAUAGUGACUUGUGGUUCGGGUGCGCUCCGCAAAGUACGACGCCCAUACUGCACUACGUGCUGCAUCUGCUUCAAUAACGACACUGCGGGAAACGUUCCGUGCUUCUUGCUGAAACGAAAGAAGUGGCACGCUCCUCGGAAUACGUGCAACCGUGCUCCGAUGAGAGCUUCGUCUGGGUCGGUGAGUGCAGACGUGUGAAUUGCGUCACCGCAAUUAUCAUCAAGGCUCUGUCGGACAUUGUAAAGUGGGGAGCUCACCUCGAGCUUGCUGAAAAACUGCCGCGCGGUCUGGGGCUAAAUGUGCAGGCUGAGGUGUGGGACACGUGACUCCUUGAACGAAAGCAGCAAAAGCCGUCACGUGAAAAAUCUGUAGUCCCUGAACAUGAGACGCAGACGAGCAAGCUUAUUUAAAUUGUUUACGCCACCUAUAAAUUUUCAGUUUCAGUAGGUACCACUUUGUUCCCACUCCGUAGCCUGCCUAAUGCCCCACUGUGAAAGCAAGGCAAAACGCUGCGUAGUAAGCAACGGCGGUCCUACUUAGUACCCUUUCUAACUAUGUAUCGUCUGCCACAGAUCGGUCCGCCAGCUAACAUCUGUUCAAGAAGUCUAAGAUCUAAAUCAGUUGUUUCACAGCUCUGGUGAUUGCUACGAGAGGAUGCUUAUAUAUUUCGCCAGGUCAGGGCACAGAAAAGACAUAGACGAGCUACUCGCAGACGACCCGCUUAAAAACACUUGAAACGCCCCUGUACACGUCCGCUCUGGAGGAGCCGAGGUUGGCGUGAUGAGCCACUUGGAUUUUCUCAUGCCGCUGUUAACCCUGGCCCUCUUCGCCGCUCGGUGCUUCUCGAUCACCUACUACUACAAGGCGAACGAACCCGAAGACUUCCUCAUUGGUGCACUUUUCCCCGUUCACCGACCUCCCUACACGCGCCAGAACGUGACGAGGCUCUGCGGUGAAACUUGGGAGCGACCGGGCAUCCAGAGGGUAGAGGCGGCUCUCCAGGCCAUCGACGAGAUCAAUAGUCGAGACGAUCUGCUUCCCAACUCGACGCUGGGUAUACAGAUACGAGACUCGUGCUGGUUUUCGCCCAUAGCGCUGGAGCAGGCCUCGCACUACAUCCCGCUCUCGGCCUGGACCGGGGCCGAGUACCAGGAGGAGCCGUACCCGUACCAGCGCCGUAGCUCAGAGGAGUGCGAAGAAGAGGAGUCGCGCAAGAACCUGGUGGCCGUCCUCGGCCCGCUGGCUGCGGCCGGCGCUUCGGAAGUCAACAGCUUGCUGAGCCUAUUCCGCAUUCCUGAGAUCGGCUACUCGACGAUGGGACAGGAGUUGGGACUCCGGAGCAGGCUGGGCUUCUACGUCAGUCUGGUGCCCAUGGAGCAGGCCCAGGCCAGAGCCAUGGUAGACCUUGUGCGCUACUUCAACUGGACCUACCUCUCGGUCGUCUACACGGAAGGUGACAGCUCCAGCCAGAGCAGCCUGGAGGAGUUUGCGGAGCGCGCCGUGCGCCAGAACGUGUGCGUGUCGCAGUGGCUGGGCGUUCCGGCCAGCGGGACGGCCGAGGACUACCUGACGGCGGUGCGCAACCUGAACAGGACGAGCCGCGCGCGCGUCGUGGUCUGCUUCUGCACGUCGGUCACCGUGCAGGGACUUCUCGCCGGCAUUCGCGCGGCCAACGCCACGGGAGACUUCAACAUUGUGGCCAGCGAUGCCUGGACGACGGACGCUAAACUUCUGGCCGGCUUGGAAGCCGAAGCCCUGGGAACCCUGGCACUGCGAGUGCACGUUAAGCCGGACCCGGACUUCGAAGUGUACUACACGCAACUCAACCCGGACGAGAACACGAGGAACCCGUGGUUCGCCGAGUUUUGGGAGACCUACUUCAACUGCAGCCUCGAAGACCGACCAGACUGCACACAAAACUGCAGACCCAGGUGCACAGGCAACGAAUCCCUGGCGGACAACUUCCACCAGGACGAGAUGGUGUCGGGCGUCAAGAGCGCGGUGUACAUGGUGGCGUACGCGCUGCACGACAUGCUGCAAGACUACUGCGGCCAGGGAGCCCGCCUGCCGGGCGACAACUGCACGCGACAGGUGCACGUGUCCGGCGACCGGUUCGUCGAGUACCUGAGAAACGUCAGCGGCGUCCACAGGGGCGACGCCGUCGAGAUGUACGCCAACGCUUGCUACGACAUCGUCAACUUCCAGGCGCUGGAAGACGGGCAGUACGAGUUCGUCGACGUGGCCAUCUGGUCGGACGAGGAACGGAUCUUCAUGCACGGAGAGCCCAGGUGGAGCGACAAAGAUGAGCACGACGACGAGGUUCCGGUCUCGCAGUGCGGAAAGCCGUGUCCGCGAGGGUACAUCAAGGUGCCAGAGAGCAACACGAACCUCUGCUGCUGGAAAUGCGUCCAGUGCGGCAGCAACCAAUACGUGUACAGCGAGUACCGAUGUGGCAACUGCGAAAGUGGCACUUGGCCCAACGCUACUCUCAACGGAUGCGAUCCCAUACCGCAAAAGUACCUGCAGUGGACCGAAUCGGCCGUCGUCGUGGUCAUGGUCGUCUCGGCUCUAGCCCUGGCGACGGCGGCCUGCGUCAGUGCCGUCUACGUCCGCUACAUCAACACGCCCCUCAUCAAGGCCUCGUCGUGCGAGCUCAGCUUCGUCAUCCUGGUCGGCAUCAUCGUGAGCCAGGCGAGCACGUUCGCCAUCCUGGCCAAGCCGUCGCCCACGUCGUGCCUCAUGGAGCGCCUGUUCCCCGUGCUUAGCGUCGCCGCCGUUCACGCCGCCAUCUUCACAAAGACGAACCGCAUCGCGCGGAUCUUGGCCGUCAGCGAGAGGCGAAUCUUUCAGCGGAGGCUACGGUUUAUGAGCACCGCGGCCCAGCUGACGACGACUGGCAUCCUCAUCAUGGGACAGGUCGUCAUCACGGGCACCAUGCUGGUCGUCCAAAGGCCCGGCACGGUCCUGUUCUACCCGGCAAGCAACCGGGCGGUCCUACUGUGCAACACGACCGAGCUGGCGAGCUUCCUGCCGCUGGCCUACGAUUUCGUCCUCAUCGCCAUGUGCACGGUGUACGCGGUCAAGACGAGGAACGUGCCCGAGAACUUCAACGAGGCCAAGAUGAUCGGGUUCGCGAUGUACUCGACGGUCGUCAUCUGGGUCGCCUACAUCGCCGUCUACAUCGGCAACGAGGACAACCGCGAGCUGGCGCUGUGCCUCGCCAUCAGCAUCUCGUCCCUCAGCGUGCUCGUGCUGCUGUUCUUGCCGCGCGUCUACAUCGUGCUCUUUCGGCCGGAGAAGAACAGGCGCAGUUCGUUUCUCACUUUCAGGCAGGACACGAUGGAGGCCAAAGUGAACACAGUCUCCGGCACCGUGGCUCACGAGAACGGUGGCGCCGAUUUGCCGCGAUCGCACGACAGCGUUAGCUAGGACGAGUGUUGCGUGACAUCGCUUUGACAGCGCGGACAUUGCAGGCCAGGAGCGUAUCCGAGGGGGUUGUGACGCAGAGGGUGGUUUGAUCGCCAGUACCGCAUCCGCUGAUCUGCAUUGUGAUACCAGACACUAGAAGGUAAACUCUAGGUUUGUUCCAGAACACGCCUAAGAAAUAAAGCUUAGGUUAAGCUAGUAUUAUACAAGCAGACGCCAAAGAAAAAAAAGUUUGAGUUAAGCUAGGAUUAUAAGACACGUUUUCGUAAAUAACUUAUUCACUUUGACAAUGGUUGCUUUGCAGAAGAUGAUGCAAAAGUCAAAUGAAUGGCAAUGGCAGAUUUAAAUGCUCAAAACAGCUACACUUCAAUGGCAACAACAAUUGGUCGAAGGUGGUUCAUUCUUGUUGCCAAUGCCAAGGUACAUUCUUUGACAACAUGCAAUUAGCGAGUGCCAAACGUGUGGCGUAUCCUGCCUUGUAUCCCUCUCUGACAUUAGUGUACUGGCUGCAUGUGCUGUGCUGUCUUGUGCACUUCAAUGCGUUGUCACGCAUUGUCUCGUCAUCAUCCCAUAUGCACUAACUACCUCGUACGACAAGCAUGUUGGACAAUAUUAGGAGCUGCCUUUCACAUGAACUGUGUUAUUGAAGCACUGUGUUCAUGCAGCUCUCAUGUAGCAAACUGUGCUUGUGCAACCGCAUGUGGACAAUGUGUAAAUUUGUACAGUGAAUGUACUUGGAACACGCAACUCAGCUGUGAAUUUUUUCACAAGUGUCAGUGACUCGACCACAGGAUCGCAAUGGUGUUGUUCACUUCUACUGCAUGGGGGAGACGACCUACUUUCUCUCCAUGGCAUGACCUUGAACACAGUGUUAUGUGAUCAUGACACAGGUAGUGAAGGAAAGGUAAUAAAUAUCGAAUAUAAAGACGCUGUGAAGAGCUGGA